GGAGGGGGUGUAGGCAGAGUUAACACAGCUCUGUGAAGUUUUCUCAGUCGACUUUCUCGCUCAUAGUUUGCACAGAUCGGUCUCAACCUAAACCGGGUCCCUGUGAAGGAUUUCAACUCUGUAAAAAUGAGACUCUGGACCUUCCUGUUGUUUUUCGGGGUUUUAGUCUGUGAACUUUUCUCUGUGACAAAGUGUGCAGAGCAGCGGAUCCCAGACGGGAAACUUCUCGUUCUGACAGUAGCGACGAAAGAGACGGGCGGCUUCAAGCGGUUCUUGAGGUCUGCGAAACAUUUUAACUACACCGUCAAGGUCCUCGGUCGUGGUCAGACAUGGAAAGGAGGCGACUACAUGACGGCUCCAGGUGGAGGUCAGAAGGUUCGACUCCUGAAGGAAGCUCUGGAGGAGAUGAAGACCGAGGACACCAUCAUCCUUUUUAUCGACAGUUACGAUGUGGUUUUCUCCUCGGGACCCAAAGAGCUGCUCAAGAAGUUCCAGCAGGCCAAACACAGGGUGGUGUUCUCGUCCGAGUCCCUGAUCUGGCCCGACAGACACCUGGAGGACAAACACCCGCACGUCAGGGAGGGCAACAGGUUCCUGGGGUCAGGAGGUUUCAUCGGCUACCUUCCCAACAUCAAAGAGAUGGUUUCUGAUUGGACAGGAAAAGACAACGACAGUGACCAGCUGUUCUUCACCAAGAUUUACAUCGACCCUGCAAAAAGAAAGUCCAUAAAUAUCACACUGGACACCAAAUGCAGAUUGUUCCAGAACCUUCACGGAGCCCUCGAUGAAGUGGUGCUGAAGUUUGAAGACAGACGAGUACGAGCCAGAAACGUUCUCUAUGACACGUUACCUGUCAUCAUUCAUGGCAACGGCCCAACAAAGCUUCAGAUCAACUACCUGGGGAACUACAUCCCAAACACCUGGACGUUUGAGACGGGCUGCACGGUGUGUCACGAGGAGCUCCGCCCACUUACAGCUCUGAAGGAGAGCGAGUACCCGCUGGUGGUCAUCGGCGUCUUUAUCCAGCAGCCGACUCCUUUCGUCUCUGUGUUUUUUGAACGCCUCCUGAAGCUCCAGUAUCCAAAAGAAAGACUCCGACUCUUCAUCCACUGCCAGGAGGCUCAUCAUCAGCCGCAGGUCAGCUCUUUCCUGAAGGAUCAUGGGAGUCUUUAUCAGGGCGUGAAGGUCAUCGGGCCGGAAGAAGUGAUCGACGGAGCCGAGGCCAGAAAUCUGGGCUUCGAUAUGUGCCGAAAGGCCGACGACUGUGACUACUUCUUCAGCCUGGACGUCGAAGUGGUUUUAAAGAACGAGAACACGCUCAAGAUUCUCAUGGAACAAAACCUUCCCAUCGUGGCCCCGAUGAUAACUCGAGCCGGUCGCCUGUGGAGUAACUUCUGGGGGGCUCUGAGUGCGGAGGGGUACUACGCCCGCUCCGAGGACUACGUGGACAUCGUUCAAGGACGCAGAGUAGGUGUGUGGAACGUCCCGUAUGUGUCCAGCCUGUACCUGGUGAAGGCAGACGUCCUGCGAUCGGAGCUCACAGACUACGAGCUGUUUACCUCCCAAAUAUUAGACCCUGACAUGGCGUUCUGCUUCAACAUCCGCAACAAGGGUCUCUUCAUGCACGUGACAAACAUGCACACUUUCGGUCGCAUCCUGUCCACAGAGAACUAUAAGACGGAUCAUCUCCAUAACGACCUGUGGCAGAUCUUUGAGAACCCCGUGGACUGGCAGGAUCGAUACAUCCAUGAGAACUACACACAUAUGAUGAAAGACAAACUGAUAGAAACUCCGUGUCCUGAUGUCUACUGGUUCCCCAUUUUCUCCGAAGUCGCCUGCGACCACAUAGUUGAAGAAAUGGAACACUUUGGGAAGUGGUCCGGAGGAGGGAAUACGGACACUAGAAUACAGGGAGGCUACGAGAACGUCCCCACCAUCGACAUCCACAUGAAUCAAAUCAACUUCGAGAAGGAGUGGCACAAGUUCUUACUCGAAUACAUCGCACCUGUGACAGAGAAAAUGUAUCCCGGGUAUUACACUAAGUGCCAGACUCCUCUGAACUUCGUGGUGAGGUACAAACCUGACGAGCAGCCGCUGCUCAAACCUCACCACGACGCCUCCACAUUCACUAUUAACAUUGCUCUCAACAGCAAAGACGUUGACUACCAGGCUCAGUUUGACUUGGCCUUUGUAGUUAGAUAUAAGCCAGACGAGCAGCCCUUUUUGAGACCGCACCACGACGCCUCCACAUUCACUAUAAACAUUGCACUCAAUGGAGGGGGCAGUGAUUACCAGGGAGGCGGCUGCAGGUUCCUCCGCUACGACUGCUCCAUCUCGGCUCCCCGCAAAGGCUGGACCCUCAUGCACCCGGGCCGCCUCACCCACUACCACGAAGGCCUGCCCACCACUGCCGGCGUCCGCUACAUCGCUGUGUCCUUUGUGGAUCCAUGAACACCCCCCAAAGACCACACACAUCACAGACCGGUCCAGACUGAGCAGGAUCCACACACAGCGGCUCUUUACUUCCUGAUUCAAACGGGGGGAACUCUUUUAUUUUCAUGCUCUUUUCAGGCGGCUUCAUGGUCUGUCUGACUCUAAACGGGACCAGAAUUUACUGAGUGAGGGUCUUUCUGUGUUGAAGAAGACUUUAAACUACAGAUUGACAACAUAAACUCAAUCUCAUCCUUGGUCUUCUCUACAGUAACACUUUUUCAACCAGUCGUCGCCCCCUGCUGGCCUUUGUAAAGAAUGCAUGUUCAAGGGACUGGCUAUAUUUCUUAGACCCAGAAGAAACCUCCAGUUCUUAUACAAUUCUACAAUUCACUUAGCAGACGCUUUUAUCCAAAGCAACAUACAUCAGAGAGUAAGUACAACACAAGCAAGGAUCUAGAAAAAAAAGGGAACAAUGUCAGUAAGAGCAAACGAUCAGCUUUGAGUCUGAUUGGACACACAGGUGCUGACAGGAAGUGACCAGAGGCAAAGCAUAAACAUUGACGGCAGUUCUUGAGAGCUCUAAUCAGUAUAGAUUAUAUAAUGCCGUUGAAACCUCUUUACAUAGGCUCUCUUCUCCCAGCACCGGCAGCCCUGCAGCGUUCUGCCCCCAGAAGGCUUCCAGAGAGCUGGCCAAUCAGAAGAAAGUGGGCAUGUGAGGACAGCCAAAUUAUUACUGCAUGUUCCAUAUCACAAAUAUCGAAUAUCUUGUACAUUAGGGGUGUUGAUGGAGAAGAACUGGAGUCGCUGACUAAAAAUUCUGACUUGAAUUAAUGUUUUUCAGACGUCCUAUUUGUCUGAAUUUAGAGACUGAAAUGACCCGGCCUUUAUUUGGGACAGGCGUCAAUACGAGACAGGCUUUUUUUAUAUGUCAAAACGAGCAGCAACACCAGGCAGGUAAAAAAGAAUGCACCUAAGAUUGGGGUGGGCUAUUAUUUGAAGUUUUACAGUCGACUAAAUUUACGAUACAAAUAAGGAUAUGCACCGCCUUUUGGAAGUGAAGAGUGAGAUCCUGCCUCUGCUGCUUCGUCUUUCUGUUACCUCAUCACAAAUUAGAGUCUGACAGAUUUCAGCAGACACUCCUCUUUG